GAUGUUGCGCUUCCAUUCUUCCUUCAUAUUUGAAGGACCGUCGCUGAUUGUAGAGGUAGUAGAUGCAAAGAUCUGUAUGGCUAUUGUGACGCAAAGCUGUAAGAGUGACGAGGUGACUGAAAGCGGCUGGCUUGCUUUAAGUGUAAUGUAGAAGGACGUUGAGUCGGGGAAGUAAUUGAUGCGCAGCCUCGGGUGAAUUGGUAUAUUGCCCAAUGAAAAUGAAAGCAGUGGUUUAAAGCGAGUAAAUCCCAAUUGAGCCCAUUACUACGUGGAUCCCUAUUGUGGUCUAGAGAGAACCCGCUGAACAUGGAGACUUGUCAACAACAUAGCGGUCAAAUCCAAAUUGUGAUGCAUUAUGUAGGCUUAUCUGGUGGACGAGUACUGCUCGCUCAACCUCACUCGUUCUCGCUGCCACAUGCUCUUUUCCGAUAUUGCCAUGGCGUAAUCAUGUUACUCUUCCAAUUUAAAAGCAAAGACCGGUACUCAAAGUCCUGCCUCUUGCUUUGGCUUCUUAGCCACACUUUCGUCCUCGAUCUCCGCCUUGCGCUUGCCUCCGAAACCAUCGCUUCCGGCCUCCCUUUGGUCGCUCUGCUCGGACUCAAUGUUCUAAUCUUCGACGACAUCGAUGUUCAUGGUUUCCUUGAAGGCCUCCUGGUCAUCCAUCGCUUCGCCAUGUUUCACGACCUCAGUAAGUGUCUGGUCUGGAUCUCCGAUGUUGCUAGACAUGGCGUGCAUCUUGUCCGCGUUUUCUUUGUUUUCGUCCUCGACGUCACUGUGAUCUUCCUCUUCAAACUUGAGCAGCAAAUCUUCCGCAGCAGCUCCGCAAGUUGCCAGCCGUUCUUUGUCAUUGGGGUGCUCAUGAUAUUGGCAUCCGCUGCUACAGCAGCGACAAUCGCCGAUGCCGACGCCUCUGCUGAUGAUGUGAUGGUUCUUCGAGAUUCCGACAACGCGAUCGUAUGAAAACUUGGAAGGAAUUGAGAAGGCGUUUGUGGCAUCAGAAACCCCUUCAUCCAUGUGAUAGUUCCAGAGGAAGACAAAUGUAUCCAACACGUAUUGAUGA